AGCUGUAGCUGAGUGGCCCCAUACCGAAGCCACGUGACAGCGUACUGUCUCUUUAAAUUUACCCAGGAGCCCCUUAAGGAGCCCCAGGGGCCCCAAAGCUCGGCUCCCCACCCUGAAGACAAGCGAAGCCUCUGAAAAACACACACAGGAGGCCAUUUGGAAGCGACAGAACAUUUGAUGAGGAUUAAAUAGGUACUUCGAGCGAAGUGAAGUGCGACUCUAAAGUCGCGUGGACGCGUAAAAGUUGAGUGAAGUUGAACCGCACACGCAGCGCAGGGCAGCGCACAGAGCGACGCGCCGCACGCACACUUACCCCUAACACACGCGAAUGCGUCUUCGAAAUGCUGCGCGCGUAACCGCGUUUGGUACAAGGAGCGUUGACUUGGUUCGGUUUCACAUCAGAUAUGGAAGUCAUGGAAGAAAAGGAGUCCAGGGAGUCGGAGCCUGGGGUCCAGACGGAAAGCCUCUCAUUGAUAAUAAGCGAUGAGGGAGAGGAGGCCAGUCCGCCUUACAGCGCGUCGGCACAGCGCACAGCAGAUGAAGACGACAUGACCAAUGGUCACAUGAGAGACUUGACUCAAGCUGGUCUGAUCACUCAUGUGGACUCACCAGGGACGAGCUACUGGAGUGUUUCGGAGAGCCCUGAAUCGCCCUUCCUGCUGUCCCCUGUUCCAGGGCCGUCUAGACACAAAACAUCUCCAGCUAAAUCAGGACGAGCAUCACGGACCGGACACAGCCGCAUCCCUGGCCGAGACCACCGCCGCUACUACCACGAACAUUGGAGAACCGAGUACCUGAUGGACUUUGACCCCAAGAGAAAUGGAAUGAUCUGCAUGGUCUGUGGCAGUUCCUUAGCCACUCUAAAACUGAGCACCAUUAAGAGACAUAUCAGACAGAAGCAUCCCGAUUCCUUGCUGUGGAGCGCGUCUGAUAAGGAGGUGAUCCGUUCGGGGUGGGAAAACCAUCUUAAUCUAGAGACUAGUCAGACAUCCUGUCCAGAUUCAGCCAUCGCCUCCGAGCCAGAGGAGACGCUAGAAUGCGCCAGUCUUUCUACAGACAAGCCUGGCAGUGCUGUGCUAGUUAAAACUGAGUCCCAGUCUGAGCCUAGCAUGGUGAGCUCCUCAUCGACUCAGGAGACUCUGAGUGUGUCUGCUGAAAUGCUAGAGCGCUACGUGAACGACUCGCUGCACGCCUGGUUUCGCCAGGAGUUCCUAAUGGAGUACCAAGCAGAGGCGGGCAGGCUGGUAUGCAUGGUGUGUAGCUGUCCCUUGCCCUCUCUUCAUCUCGACCACAUCAAGAGGCAUGUGCUGGGGCAGCAUCCCAACUCUCUGGUGUACAGUGCAGAGGAGAAACAUCGAGUCCUGCAGAGCUGGGCCCAAAGCCAGGAUUCUUCAAGAGACUAUGUCAAGUCUGAGCCAGAGACCAAAGAUCUGAGCAUGAACAGCCCAGUGCCGUUCCCUUCCACAGAGCCUGACUCUCUCCAGCACAGUACAGAGCCAUACAGAGUGUCUAAGAGGGAAUCGGACGCCCCUCCUCAGAUCGCCACCAACAGCAGGGUAAAAAACAGCUGUCCAUGGCAUCUACGACUGGAUUAUUUGGUUGCUAUUGGGCCUCCGAGCAUGCCAGGCUGCUUCUGCAUGGUGUGUUCUGAUGAGCUACCGGUGGUGAGAGUCAGCAGCUUUCGCAGGCACAUACAGGACUGCCACCCUGAGACCAGCAAUCUCAGCCAAAGAGAGAGAGAAGACAUAGCCAGCGCCUGGACCCAAGACGGGGCCACAGAGGAGCCAGAAACACAAACAGAGCAUGCUUCCCCCAGCAACACACUCAUUGAAAGCAAGCCGCUGUCUAUAAAACCAUCCUCCAGGCAUAGUGGCAUCCAGAAGGAAGAUGGGGAAAGGUCGAAGAUAAUGUCGGCGCCCAUUAUCGGGCGACACAGCCACUACCCGGGUAAGGACCAGAGGCGUAACUACCAGGUGCGCUGGCGGAUGGAGUACCUGAUGGACUACGACUGCAGGAGGCACGGGCUGAUCUGCAUGGUGUGCGGCGCCACAUUAGCAACUCUGAAGGUGAGCACGAUUAAGAGGCACAUCCAGCAAGUCCACCCUCACUCCCUGAACUACAGUUCUGAGGAGAAGCAGCAGGCAGUUCAGAGCUACAGCCAAGCAACACUAAAUUUCAUUCACUCGGACAACUGCUUCUCUGGUUCGGAUCACAGUCACGGAGUACAGACUAACACUAACGCUAACGCCGAGCCCGACCAGGUUUGAUGAACAGCGGGGGUGUGGGCAUGCUUUCUUGCACUCAGGAAGAUGAUUACUGGAACAUGCCAAAAAUAUGAUCUCCACAGCUUUUUAGUUGGAAAUGUCAGCUUGAUUAUAAUUGUUUUUGUGCACUUUUUCUUUUUAAUUUGACAAUGUGCUUUCUGUUAUCUGCUUGGAGGUGGAAAAAAGUAAAGUUGUUUCCUACAGAGGAAUGAUGUCACUAGCCUGAAUAAGAAUGAAGGACCUGUUUUUCCCCCUAAGCACCUUUUUAUGCAUCUGUAUUUGUACAGUCUUCUGUGAGCUUUAUUGAUUGCUGCAGAUUGCAGGGUUUAAAUUACCAGAGGGAUCAUUUAGCAUGGGGUCAGCAAUGCAGUGGGUCGCACAUUCAGCACUUAACAAAGCACUUGGUAUGGGAGGGAGGCAAGGGAACUGUUAUGAAGCAUGACUUCUAGAGCAGCACCUUGUAAAGCACACACUGUGUAGAGUGAAGUUUCAUGCAUUUCAAAGUAACACACCAUUACUGGAUAUCACACACGAGAAAAUUCUUAUCUUCUGGCAAAGUACUAGCUAUUAAUUAGGUAUGUGAUUUUUCAAAAAUAUCGUUAAAUCACAUCUUAAUGAAAUCAAUAUAGGCUAAGGCCCUUUGCUGCAUCAUAAAUGAAAUGAGGGAAAUGAAGUCCAUGUCUCAGGGAGUGUGUAAUCUGGGCUUGCCAUCUGUCCUGCAGAAUCUUUUUUUUUUUUUAAACUGACUUGACCACUAACUAAAUGAUGCAAUUAAAUUCUCUACCAACUGAGUGGAAAAAUGCAAGCAAUUUGUUCAUGUUCUUAAGUAAUGAAGUGGAAGUGAAGUCAUCUUCCUGCCUGUUUUCUACAUGAAGUUGUGAAAAGUUAAAAGGAACCGAAUGUCUUUUUUGGUUUAUUAUUUAAGCACUUACCGUCUGUUUUUACUUUGUUGUAGCUGUGUUUGGAAUCCAGGUGGCGAUGUUCAAACGAUGGCAUUUUAUCAUGUCAGAGGAGCUCUGAUUAAUCUUAAUCCUUUCCUUUAAACGGAAAACCAAGGUACUUUGACCAUGCUUCAUUAUGCACCAUGCUAGAUGCAAAGAAAAAACUGUGUAAAAAAUGCUCACACACACAUAUAUAUAUAUCUCAUGUUUCUCAUUUUCAAGGCAGUGCAUAAACACUUGUUAAUCUCUUUGUUUAAAGAUUUACUAAAUGGACAAAACAGUGUAAUUCCUUU